UCUAAUGUAAAUAAAUUACAAAAUAGUUUAUUUUUAUUAAUCAUCUUGUUUAUUAUUUUCUUUGGUUGGAAAAAGAUGCUUUGACAAAAGCAUCCCUAGAAUAUUUCUCACACAAAAGAAUAUUUAAAAAUUCCCACAUACAAUUUUCAUAAAACUUCACAUUUCAAAUGUUUUAUAGCUCAGCUUUGUGUUUGACACCGGUCUUGGGACGGCUUUAGUCAAAGUUGUUGUUGGUUUAUAGUUGACAUCCUUUUGUUUGUUUACAAUGAAAUCCUGUGAGCAGCAAAAAUUUAUUCCAACACAAAAAUGAAGACAAAAGUUUCUGUAUCCAUUAAAUAAUGAAUUUUUUAACCCCCAGAAAUAAAAGCUUCUCCCAAAGCUUUGCGAGAGAAAAUUCCUACCUUUCUUCCAUCGGUACUGGAAUUUUCAUAUAUACUUUCGAAAAAAGGAGGAAAAAUUAUAUCCCGCAACCUUUGCGUUAGAAGGAAAUUCCUUAUAUACCUGAAACUGUUCAGUUGAUUUGAGUUGGCGGAGAUAGCAAUAUUGAACGCGUCGUAUACUUGCACUCCCCAAAAUCUAUUCAAAAACUCUUUCAAAAAUAUAAUUUCUUUUUUUUUAAAUAAUAUCUUAAUCUCGUUAUCGCCUAAUUUACUCUGUUUUUUUCUGCCGGAAUAUAUUUUCACCUCAAAGCCAAAGUGAACCUCAAAAAGUGAACCCUUCAACGUAUAAAUCAAUUAUCAUCAUGAUUAAAGAUUAAUUAAUGAAAAACAAACAUUUACUAAUAAUUCAAAUUGUAAUGAAAGAAACGAAAAUAAAAUGUUAAUACGAAAUCGCUUCCAAAUAUUAAUCUAUAAAACUCAUCUUCUUCUCUUUUCUACGUAAUUCAAAAAUAAAUUAAAAUACGACAAACAAAUAUUAAAAACUUAUUGUGGUGCUUUUCAUGUUAAAUUUGUGUUAAACAUUUAUGAAUAGGUAUAUUGCUUCGUUUGAAAAAAAUUAAAAUAAAUAACAUCAGUGCAGCUUAAAGUGUAAUUUAAUAAAUAAAAAAUAAAAAACAAAUAAUAUUACGCGUACAUCUACGUGUUGAAUUUAAAUAUAAUUUACUAAAAAAUUUAUCAAACUCAAGCUUUUUUAUGAGUAACAGUGCUAUGGUUGCAGUUGCAAUUUGCUGCAUAUUGAUCCUUUUGGCUGUUUUUAUUGUAAUCAUUAUAGUUGUUGGUCAGACAAUGGGUGAGUCCAAGUGAGAUAAACUUCAACUGGGACCAGGAAAUUUCCCAGAUGGAUAACAAAUUCUUGAUGUCAUAUGUUAGAUAUUUUAACAAGUGCAUCAGAAAACGAAAAAAAAAAUACACAUCAUAAAAAUAAAAAUUUACAAAAAUAAAAUAGGUUUUUUUAAAAAAAUAAUAUUAUUCUAAAAAAAUAACGUCAAUGCAUUUAAUCAAGAACAUACAUCAUUUUAAAAAACAAAAAGUGCCAUAGUAGAAAUAAAGUUAAAAAAAAAAAAAACAGGAAAAUAACCCAACACCACCGAGAAAAAUUAACUGGAAAUGAAAGUCAAAAGGAAAAAACGUCGAAAGAAAAAAAAAACCUUCAGGUUAACUUUUAAAAAAUAUUUUCUUUUUUAACUUAAUUAAAUCAAUCAAUAAUUCUUAAUUUCAUCGACUAUAAAAUCUAAAAUUAAAUAAAAAAUAAAAAGUAUCAAUUCGUUCAGCCGUUUCCCGAGUGGAUUUUGAUAAAAUAUUUUUAUGUGACAGUAUUAAAAGAAAAUUGCAUUGUUGCAUGAUUAUUUUUUUUUAAUAUCAACUAAAUACACGGUAUAGACGCUACAGUUUGGCUAACGUAUUGAAUUCACAUUGGUCAAUUCCUUAACUAAAAUUUAGUUCAAAAACAAAGAUUUUCGUUCAAAUACAUUUCAAAACUAAGAUGUAUGUAUCUACCUAUUAAAAAAUAUAUACACAAAAAAGAUUUAUUUAUAAAUCAAGCUCAUUAAAUUUCAUAAAAAAAAUAUAAUUAAAACUUCAUUGAAUUUAACAGACAAACAAUAAUAAAUUUUAAGUACAUACAUAUUUAUAAAAAAAAAAACA